AUGGCUGCAGGACAACCACAAAGGAAUUAUGAUCCUUACUCAAACACCUACAAUUCAGGAUGGAAGGAUCAUCCUAACCUUAGUUAUGGGAAUCCCCAAUCAAACCAGCCCAUGACCCAAAAUUGCCAAAGCUUUCAACAAUUCAAGCAGCCAUACCCUCCUAGACAACAACAGGGCCAAUCUUUUAACUCUGGAAACAAAACAAUUCCAGUAGGAGGAAAAAUCCCUUCUCAAAUGGUAGUAAAUCCAAGGGAACAUGUAAGUGCAAUCUUGUUGAGGAAUGGUAAAGAGGUUGAAAUUCCAAAGGCAACCCCUACAUCAUUGGAGAAGGAAAAAGAGAAAGAUGUCAUUGAAGAAAAGAGUGUUCCAACGACAAUGGCGUACCUAAGCGCUUUAGUAAAACCCAUGAAAGAUGAACAUAAUCAUGAACUUUAUGAAACUUUCCGUAAAUGUGAGAAACAUACAAGGUGUGAAAAGAUAAACGUAGGUAAAAAUGUCUCUGCAAUCAUUCAAAGAAAACUCCUUACAAAGUGGAAAAAUUCAGGCAUGUUUACCAUCUCCUGCACGAUAGGUAACACUAGGUUUGAAAAGGCCAUGUUAGACUUAGGAGUUUCUAUUAAUGUCAUGCCAUACUCUGUAUACUCUUCUUUAAAACUUGGACCUUUGAAUGAAACUGGUGUCAUAAUUCAACUAGCUGAUAAAAUUAAUGCCUAUCCUAAGGGUGUAGUUGAGGAUGUUCUCAUGAAUAUUAAUGAUUUGGAAGUUUUAGAAUCUAAUGAAAAGAAUGCAGUGAAAGUUGUCAUUGUUCAGCAUAUUAAGGAGGUGGAUCAAAAGUUACCCUUGAAUAGUGGCCUUGCAGGAAGCCAUUGCAGCAUUGAAUGCUUCUCCAAAGUCACCAAAGUCAAGUAA